CUCAAACCCUUCCACACUGAGCUAAGAAUUGUUUCUGCAAUCGAAGAAGCCCUUUGCGAGAGAGAGAGAGGGAGAUCACUCUCACUAUUUCUACGCUCAAAAUCUAUAUUGUAAAGCAGACGAAAGCCGCCGACUCGAUCUGCCUUCUUUUAGCUGUUUGAAUACAUUAAAAAAUGUCGUUUGCUGCAAAUACACCUGAUAUUUCCGGCGAGCGGCAAUCUGGGCAAGACGUUCGCGCUCAAAACGUGAUGGCAUGCCAGGCCGUGUCGAACAUCGUCAAGUCUUCGCUUGGUCCUGUCGGCCUUGAUAAGAUGCUCGUGGAUGAUAUUGGUGAUGUGACCAUCACUAAUGAUGGUGCGACAAUACUGAAGAUGCUGGAAGUGGAGCACCCAGCUGCCAAGGUCCUUGUUGAGUUGGCUGAACUACAAGACCGAGAAGUUGGAGAUGGGACAACUUCUGUGGUCAUCGUAGCUGCAGAAUUGCUUAAGAAAGCUAACGAUUUAGUUAGAAAUAAGAUACAUCCAACAUCAAUAAUCAGUGGAUACAGACUUUCAAUGAGGGAAGCAUGUAAAUAUGUUGAUGAGAAGCUGGCUGUAAAGGUAGAAAAGCUUGGGAAAGAUUCUCUUGUAAACUCUGCGAAGACAUGCAUGUCCUCAAAAUUGAUAGGUGGUGAUAGCGAUUUCUUUGCAAAUCUGGUUGUGGAAGCUGUACAAGCAGUAAAGAUGACCAAUGCCAGAGGUGAAGUUAAAUAUCCAAUCAAGGGAGGCAGGGUUGGGGAUAGACAGUUUUGCAUUUUUCGGGUUUAUUAGGAAUCCAAGAAUUAGAUCACAAGAGUGUAAAAGAAUGUGAAUUUUAUUAAUGUUGUUGUAUUUUA